UGACAAACAUGCAAAAAAAUAAGAAAUCAGGAAGGGGGCAAACACUUUUUCACACAACUGUAUGUUGUAGAAACACUGCUGUUAUAGUCACAGUAGUAAAGUAGAAUGCACUUGAUGGGUCCGAGACCAAAAGCCGCUUUUCUUAAUAGUUUUUAUACAUUUAUUGGGAGAGUACUAUGAGUGCAAAUGAAUACAUGUCCAGAUAAUUGAUCAAAUAUACUAACAUGUGUUUAGUAUAAGACCUUCUGCAACCUUUUGACAUUUAGACAUAGUGGUAAAUAAUCAAAUGAAAACAGUCUCAAUUCUAUUUAGAUGCAGAGUUUUAUGAGUAAUUGUUGAUCAAAUGAAACUGGAGGCCUGUCUUCUAACACAUUGCCAUACAAGACCUUAUUAUUAGUAAGACAACUGAACAUCUGUGUCUUGUGUCCUCCAGCCAUCUGCCCUCCGAACCAGUUCCGCUGUGGUGACAACCAGUGUAUCACCAAGAAACAACAGUGUGACAACUACUCUGACUGUCCCGACGGAUCAGAUGAGCUUGCCUGUGAGUACGUGUCUCCUCCCUCCAGUGGCAUCCCCAACGCCGGGCCCAACACCAUCGUUCCGGUCAUCGCCAUCAUCCUGCUCGUCUUAUUCAUCGGUGGAGCUUACUUAGUCUGCCAGCAUCUGGUGUGUCGGCGCUACAAAGGCCCCAGUGGAACGUUUCCCCACGAGUACAUCAGUGGUACGCCCCACGUGCCCCUCAACUUCAUCGCCCCCAGCAGCUCGCAGCAUGGCACCUUCCAAGGUAUUUCCUGUGGGAAGUCCAUGAUGAGCUCAGUCAGCCUGAUGGGCAGCAGCAGCAGUGGAGCUCCUCUGUAUGACAGGAACCAUGUGACCGGAGCCUCGUCCAGCAGCUCAUCAUCUACCAAGGGAGCCUUCUACCCCCAGAUCCUGAACCCUCCUCCGUCCCCGGCUACUGACCGCUCUCUCUACAACACAGAGAUCUUCUACUCCUCCAACAGUCCGUCCACCACCAGAUCAUACAGACCCUACCACCCGGUCCGCGGUGCCGCCCCGCCCACCACUCCCUGCAGCACCGACGUCUGCGACAGCGACUACACCCCCCACCACCCGCCGGCCGGGCCGGCGUCAUCGGCGGGCCGCUGGAAGGCCGCGGGCCACGGCGGCCACGGCAAACACAACAAGUACUAUAUGGACCUGAACUCGGACUCGGACCCCUACCCUCCACCCCCCACGCCCCGCUCCCAGUACCUGUCGGCCGAGGAGAGCUGCCCCCCGUCCCCGUCCACCGAGCGCUCCUACUUCCACCUGUGCCCCCCGCCCCCCUCGCCCUGCACCGACUCCUCGUGACCCCUCCCAACGGCCCCCGUAUCCCCGUGAGGAAGGAUGCAGUCCGCUCGCUACAAAGAACCGGCCUCGUCUGGCCCCCACUUUACCAGGGAAAGAACUCACGUGCCAACUUCCAGCCCUGACCGGCUCACACUCGCUGCUUUUGUUUCAGCUGGUUCGACUCAAGUGCCUUGCUCAAGGUCCCCUAAGUCCCCGCAUCGGUCAUCUCAUCAUUCCAGUCCCCUCGGAGCUCUCAGGGUGACCGGCAUCGGAUCAGUUCUACCACGUGUUCUGCUCUCACUUAGUCGUGGCAGGUUGCCUCACCGCAGGGCACAAAGGAGGAGACGAUGUGUGAACACGGCCAGCAGCUCCCUCUUAGAUUUUCAUAUCAUCAAAAGAGGGAAACCUCCUUUGCCUCACUUCUCCAUCAAAAGAACUCCAUCUGUCCAUACUCACAGUAACUGCUCCUGGCCUCCACUAAAACUCAUCAGCACCAACCGAGUGAGUGAGAGCGUCUCCUUCCUCACAGCGUCCUUGUUGGCAGGACUGUAUAUAGUUUUAAAAAUGAUAGAUAAAUCAGAGAGGAAUUAUUUUACGAUUUUAUUCAUGCUGGCUGAUCCACCGCUCCGCACGGAAAAACCUAGGACAGACGGAUGCGUGUGCGUGAACGAGUGACGAUGGUACAGCUGUUGUAGGAUUAAAGAGAAAAUAGAUGAUGACCGCAGUCAUGUGCGGCGGUAUGAAUGAACGAGCGGACGGAUGGAAUAGGGCCAAGAUCAAAGUGUGAAAACUUUUUGUAUAUUUUUUUUUUGGAAUAGUGUCCCUCACAUUUCAAAUUGUGAAUUCUUUAGUCGUUGAACACAGGGGGGAGUGGUGGAGCUUUUCCCCAAAUCAACCAAGAGACUAAUCUGCCAACAGUCCUUCCUUUUAAUUUCCCAUGAAAGCACCAUGUCACAACAACAUACCAAAUGAAUAUCAACGUGUAAAGCUAUUGUACAUAUGUGUAAUGAAGUCAAUGAUUGAGUUGUGAGAAGUGAAUCUGAACCUCUGCCGUGGAGUCUUCUUCACCCUCAUCGUCCCGUUUACCAAAAGUAUGUUUGCUGCUAUCGUGUACAUACUCUUAUCAGUUAUUAUUAUUAUGACGUAUAAUUAAACCGAAAGCCCCAAAUUACCACUCUCAUACUGACAGUAGACCAUGAAGCUAUUUUACAGUUAAUAACAAAUUAUUCUUAUAGCGACUUUUGUUAUUCGUAUUUCUGUUUGUGUGUAGAUCAUCGUGUCUGUGUCGGUCGCCGUGUUUGGGGUUGAAGGAGUCUUUUUGGGGGGCGGGGGGGGAUUAGAAAAGUGAAAGAGUUCCAGCUGAGACAUUUAGUUCACAGCUGUUGCAGAAAUCAAACUGAAGGUCUUGGUGUGCUUCUGAUGCAUUUGCAGUUGUUCUGUCAUCAACACACCUGGCUGACCGUACAGAGUGCUUUGCUGGUGGAAAAGGCGCAUUGUACGGACAUUUAGUUGCCCCGAACAUAAAGAGCUUUUUUUGUAUUCCGCUGUCUUUUUCCCUUUUUUAAUUUUUGCUAGAGCAACCCCGGAAUGAGUGCUAACGUUAGCUUAGCACAAGCCAUGAACUGUAUGCUCCCUAAUAGUUCAACUUAUCCCCAACGGUCCGUGUGAUUACUCCUCAUUUUUCGUGUUUUCCUACGAAUGCCAGCAACAUGUGUCAAUGUCCGCUCGUUGCAUGCAUACAG